UUCAGAGAUAAAGAUGUUACUUGAGACUGUGUUAAAGCCCUGACAGAAGUUCAGGAUAACACCAGUUGCCCUUCCCUUGGCAACCAAAGCAUUCUAGAAGGGAAGGUCCUUGUAGUCCUGCUGGAGCUUAAGUGGAUCAUGAGGUGGACAUGUACUCUUUGGAAUAAAAAUCUCCAGCAGUUACCAGGACAGGUAAUCUAGGAGAAGAAAUACAAGCAGGCUGGAGGAGUUGACAUUCCUAUCCCCCACCACUGUUGGGGCUCCAGAGUGGAACAAGGACGUGGACAUGGUUGAGCAAGAGCAGUACAGGGAGACCAUGACAUUGACAAUACUGGGGUAUCCUCAAAAUGUGGAGAAGCUGGAACGUCUGGGAGUUUCUUGAGAUGGGAGGCAAGAAUGCAAAUGGGACAUGUUGUCAAUAUAGCAUGACCUCACUGAUGUCUCCCCCGUUCUCCUCAGCUUUGGUUGAAUCUUCUACGUGUCUUGAUUUAUGUCAUCAAAAAAACACACGCUGGUCUCUAAUUCUUGAAUUAUGAGCCGCCGUCAAUGUCACAUGGACACAAACAAAAGAAGAAGACAUGACACUGCAGAACAACAGGAAGGAAAACACUCCCCUGCUCUUGACUCAACAGGCCGAGCAAGGCAAGAGCUGCUGCCUAAAAAAUGCCCCAAGGCCAUGGGACAAGGCUGUCCCACCCCUCCAGGACCUGCAUAAAAGCCAGCCCAGAGCCUCUCUCCCUCACACACUUCUCCUGACACCUUCUCCAUCCUGCUUCUGCUGACAACCAGGCACCCUCCACACCAGAGCCAUGGCCUGCAACACCCUCUGCCGACCCUGCGGACCCACCCCGCUGGCCAACAGCUGCAACGAGCCCUGUGCCCUGCAAUGCCAGGAUUCCCACGUCAUCAUCAACCCUUCCCCUGUGCUGGUCACCCUGCCAGGACCCAUCAUGACCUCCUUCCCCCAGAACACCGCCGUCGGAUCCACCUCCUCGGCUGCCGUGGGCAGUGAACUCAACGCCCAGGGACAGCCCAUCUCUGGAUUUGGUGGAUUUGGUGGAUUUGGUGGAUUUGGUGGAUUUGGUGGAUUUGGUGGCUACGGCCUUGGCUAUGGCCGUGGAUUUGGCUAUGGCUGUGGCUAUGGGCUGGGAGGCCUGGGCUGCUAUGGCAGAAGGGGCUAUGGCUACAACUGCUGAGGGCCCUCAGCACCACUCCUGACACCAACCAACCACUCCCUGGAACACAUCUCAGGCAUUGAGGAAACAUCUCUGGGUCAAGGCUCUCAAAUGGGCUCAGCACUUCCAGCUCCUGCUCUCGGGGCACCAAUCAAGGCAGUAGCCAAGGCACCAGACCAGACUGUCUGCAAACACGGCCCAUCUCUGUUCCUGCUCUUUUUCCACUCCAUGCUCUGCAUGGCCCCUUCAGCUCUGUCCAGCUCCCUCUGCUGCAAACCCCUUCUCCCAAGCCAGCGACCAUUGGGCACCUCUGCCUGGCUGCUCCCACUGUGGGGCAGCAAGGCCUUGGUGCUCUGGCCAAACCAUCUGCAUGCAAGGUGCCUUGGCUGAUGGUUGCCCUCCUUGCACCUCAGACCAGCUCCCUUCCACUGGCUGAUCCUGAGUUUUCUCUGUUCUACCUUAAUAAAA